UGUCAAUCCAAAAGAAAAAUACUAAUCAAAUUACAUAAGGAAAAAAAUAAUGAAGUCCAACCUUUUUGCCUUGUUGCUUAUUUUCUCUCUUCUCAUGGUUGGUAACAUGAGCAAUGCAAGAAAAGAUGUGGGAGAGUAUUGGAAGAAUAAGAUGAAUGAGCAAGUUAUGCCAGAAGCAAUUAAAAACCUUGUUCAAGUUCAAAAACAAGAUCAUUUUGUUAGGGAUUUUGAUGUUCACCCUAAUAUCAUUUUAUAUCAUACACAUGUUCAUGAGAAUAAGGAGAAGCCUUUCGAACCUUAAGUAAGGAACUUAUUAGAGUCAUUGUUACCAAAAAGGGUUGAAGUUAAACCUUAUAAGACUAAUAAACUAUAAAUUAGAUUCUUAAAUAUAUGGAGCCAUCAAGGCAUUGUUAUGACUAUAUGAACUAUGUCAUUGUUUGAUAUAUAAAAUGUCAUUUAUGUAUGCCGAUAAAUAAAUAAAUAAAUAUCUUCGUUAUUGUUAA